AGCCACAUCAUCACAUUAUCCGAAUGGUCGUCAAUUCCUAGGCUACCACAUUCGUAUCUUUUAUAUAUUUCCCGAAUGUUUAUAAAGGUUUUCAGGACAUACAAGCAUGUCGUCAGGCUGAAGUUCUUCCCCAUCGGCGUUACUCGAAAGCCCCUCGGACCCAUCUCAUAUCACCUCCUAUAACUUGAACUCAUGCAUCUAGCAUCGCUCGCCGUCGUGGCUGCUUUGACAGCAUCUAUGUACAUCAGUACAACCCUAGCUACUUCCAACGAUACUUGUCUUGCCGUUGGCAAGUCUUGCGAUGACGACUCCCAGUGCUGCUCUGAUGCAUGCACAUGGAAAAGUGAUUGCACUGAAAAAUAUUGUGUUGCUAUCGACAAUAUACUGGAUCUCGAGGAGCUGAGACGUGCUUACACCUGUCAUAGUGUCAAUACUUCAAGUUUCUUGCUCGAUAUGACGAUAUCCUCACCUUUAUCCAGCGGUCUUGGUGUCUAUCAGGGCAGGAGCAGGUCCACAAUUGUGGACCGCGAUGAGCUCCGUCCCCUGCCGACACAGCCUGCGGUGAUACGAAAGGAUGACUGGGAAGUGCAAAGAAGGCACACAGUGACGAAUUAA